AUGGUCAAAUACGUGCUCACAGGUGUCGGUGGCCAACUCGGGGGCCACGCAGCGGACUAUGCAGUCGCACACAAGAGACCCGACGACACGUUAGUCCUCACGAGUUCCAACGUCUCGACACUCGCGCCGUCCCGCGUGGCCGCGUGGACACAAAAAGGUGCGAUCGUCGCACAAGCCGACUACGAAGACGUCGACAGUCUCGCGCGCGUUUUCCAGGACGCAGCUGCUGUUGCGUUCGUCUCGACGUGGCUCAUUGGCGACCGACGUCGAGGUCAGAUGGCCAACUGCAUUACCGCUGCAAAGGCCGCGGGCGUCCAGCGCGUGUGCUACACGUCAUUCGUUGGCGCCGGUUCGGCCCAACCCAACGACCAGCUGCCGUUCCUGCCUCGGGAUCACCAGUUCACCGAGCAGCUCAUCGUGGCGUCGGGGCUCGCGUACAAUAUCCAGCGCAAUUGGCUCUACCAGGACAACACGCCGCGCUUGUUUGCCCGCGCGUGGCCCUUUACCGGCGACCAGUGGCUCUCGAACAGUCACAAUGUACCGGGCGCGUACGUGGCGACCGAAGACUGCGGUCGGGUCUUCGGAGCGCUUCUGCUCGGAAAGCAGACGGAGAAUACGGUCGUGAGCGUCACAGGUCCCGAAGCCGUGACGGACCGUCAAGUGUUUGACUGGAUGAACGCUCUCAGCGGAUACAACGGCCAGUUCGUGGACAUGCCGGACGCAGAGCUACGCGCCUACUGGCUCGAGCGCGGGCUCCCCACGGACGCCGACGGCGACUUUGCCGGUCUUCCCGUGAAGCUGUGCAUCGAUGACCUCCUGUGCUGUGGUGAGACGUUGGCGAACGGGUCGAUGAGAGACGUGACGGAUACGGUCGAGCGCCUCACUGGUCGCAAACCACUGAGCUUCAAGGAGAACCUCUUGCAGUACAAAGACAUCUUUCCAAAGAACGGGACGACAGGGGCGUCAAAGUAG